AUGAGUAUGAAGAUAGAGCGUGGACCAAGCUAUGCAGAGUACGAAGAUCAAGCGUCGCAUCAUGGAACGAGGUCAGGGACUCCCACGAAACGUGUGAAUAUACCUACAACUACUACAAGUCGUAUUAUGGACCGCAAAGAUAAAAUGUUUAAGCGCUCAAAAGGUCAAUGGAAUAUUCGCCGUCAGAAAGUGCCACAUUACUGGAAACUUUACAUGCAAGACCCUUUUCAUACAGUCGUGAAUAUGCGGCUUAGCAAAGUUCUUGCGUCACUUAUGUUUGCAUACAUUGUGGUGAUUACACUAUUCGGAGCGCUAUACAUGACACCUCGUGAAGAAUGCCGAUUAGCCAUUUCUACAUUCUUUGACGGAUUUUCUUUUUCCGUCUCUGUGCUCUUUACUAUUGGUUUUGGUACAAACGGUGGUGACGUUUUCUUUGGUCGAUGUGUGUGGGUUCAAACUAUUAUUACACUUGAGUCAUUCAUGGGCAUUUUACUUGAUGCAUUGGCGAUUGGAAUUAUCUUUCAACGCUUUUCAAGGGCCCAAGCUCGUGCGAAUACUAUUGUCAUGAGUACUCACGCGUGCGUUCGUCGUAUUCGCGGCAAAUUGUAUUUUAUGUUUCAAGUAUGCGAGAUGCGCAAACACCAAUUGGUAGAAGCUCACGUCCGACUAUAUGCAAUUCGACACGACAUUGAAUUUGGAGAACAUUAUUAUUUUCAAUCAUACCCUAUGCGUAUACAACAUCCAGAUGAUGAUCUUGGCGGCAUGAUGCUCUUGGCUCUUCCUUCUGUCGUUGUACACGGUAUGGAUGCAUGGAGUCCACUAUUACGACCAAAGAGCAUCAAUACUUGUGGUAUGCAUCAUAAUCCCGCAAGAAAGUAUCUCUUUCCGGAGCCUUUAUGUCGUGAAGCUGAUGCACAAAGUGGAGAUCGUGAUGCUUCAGUACAGAAUAAUUUGUAUUCACAUUUAGCACAUAACACGUGUCGCUGUGGAGGUGAAAAUAUUGCGACGGGUGAUGUACAUGCUGCUACACAACCUCCGUCAAUCGAAGAGAUCCAGCAAUAUUGGGCCGAAUCACAGCUUGAAGUUGUGGUACUAGUAGAAGGUAUUGAUGCUGUUACUUCAACAACCAUCCAAGUGCGGCAUUCAUAUAAAGCUGAAGAUAUCUUGUUUAACCAUCGUCACGUUAAUUGUGUCGAUAUUGAUCCAGAGACUGGUGGUGCUUUAGUUGACUUUCGUCGUUUUCACGAGACAGUUCCCGUGGAUAUUGACUGUAGUCAUGUAUCUGGAAGCUUUUACUAA